CAAGAUGGCGGCGGGGAUGCUGAGGGGAGGAGGCUACGGGAGCCCCGGGAGGCCACACUGCGCCCGCGUCGGGGUGGUGGAGUACACGCGGAAUCGCCGGAGCGAGUGCUGAGUCGGUGCCGCCGCCGGCUUCCCCCUCGCCCCGGACGCUGGGAGACGCUUCGGGGCCGCAGAGGCUUGUGGGGUAGCCACAAAAUGGAGGCGAACGGGAGCGGCAGCGGGAGUAGUAGCGACUCGGCUCCCGACUGCUGGGAUCAGGCGGACAUCGAGCCGGGCAGCGGCGCUGGCCCGGGGUCCGCCCCGCCGGCUGCGGAGGCCGAGGCCCAGCAGGAGCUGCUCGGGGCGGCCUUCAGCCGGCAGCUGAACGUCAACGCCAAGCCCUUCGUGCCCAAUGUCCAUGCCGCCGAGUUCGUGCCGUCCUUCCUCAGGGGCGGCCCGGCGCCCGGCCUGCCGCCACCCUCACCCCCGCCUGGCCUGCCGCCGCCGCCGCCCCACGGUGCACCUGUAGAGACUUCUCCAGAGGAGCAGACAGCGUCUUGUGAAGGUUCAAAUGCUGCUGUUAACAUGGAAAUUUCAGAAUCUGUUGUGGAAAAUGGGGAGACGGAAAUGUCCCCAGAAGAGUCAUGGGACCACAAAGAAGAAACAAGUGAAGCAGAGCUAGGAAGUGGUCCCACAGGGGAUGCAGGACCUUCUGAAGAAAGUGCUCAGGAAAUGAUGGAAGAGGAGGAGGAAAUACCAAAACCUAAAUCUGUUGUAGCACCGCCAGGUGCUCCUAAAAAGGAGCACGUAAAUGUAGUAUUCAUUGGGCACGUAGAUGCUGGCAAGUCAACUAUUGGAGGACAAAUAAUGUAUUUGACAGGAAUGGUUGACAAAAGAACACUUGAAAAAUAUGAAAGAGAAGCUAAAGAAAAAAAUAGAGAAACAUGGUACCUUUCAUGGGCCUUAGACACAAACCAAGAAGAACGAGACAAAGGUAAAACAGUAGAAGUGGGUCGUGCCUAUUUUGAAACUGAGAAGAAACACUUCACUAUUCUAGACGCUCCUGGGCAUAAGAGCUUUGUUCCAAAUAUGAUUGGUGGGGCUUCACAAGCUGAUCUUGCUGUGUUGGUUAUUUCUGCAAGAAAAGGAGAGUUUGAAACUGGAUUUGAGAAGGGUGGACAAACAAGAGAACAUGCCAUGUUAGCAAAAACGGCAGGUGUAAAGCAUUUAAUAGUUCUUAUUAAUAAAAUGGAUGAUCCAACUGUAAACUGGAGUAAUGAAAGAUAUGAGGAAUGUAAAGAAAAACUGGUGCCAUUUCUGAAGAAAGUUGGAUUCAAUCCCAAAAAGGAUAUUCAUUUCAUGCCCUGCUCAGGACUGACUGGAGCGAACCUUAAAGAACAGUCAGAAUUCUGUCCUUGGUAUAUUGGACUACCAUUUAUUCCCUACCUGGAUAACUUGCCAAACUUCAACCGUUCAGUUGAUGGACCAAUAAGGCUGCCAAUUGUGGAUAAAUACAAGGAUAUGGGCACUGUAGUCCUCGGGAAGCUGGAGUCAGGCUCUAUUUGCAAAGGACAACAGCUUGUGAUGAUGCCAAACAAGCACAACGUGGAAGUUCUUGGAAUCCUUUCUGAUGACGUAGAAACUGAUUCAGUAGCCCCAGGUGAAAAUCUAAAGAUCAGACUGAAAGGAAUUGAAGAGGAAGAGAUCCUUCCAGGAUUUAUUCUCUGUGAUCUCAACAAUCUGUGUCAUUCUGGACGCACGUUUGAUGCCCAGAUAGUGAUAAUUGAGCACAAAUCCAUUAUCUGCCCAGGUUAUAAUGCUGUGCUGCACAUCCACACCUGUAUUGAAGAAGUUGAGAUAACAGCCUUAAUCUGCUUGGUAGACAAAAAAACAGGAGAAAAAAGUAAGACACGGCCCCGUUUUGUGAAACAAGAUCAAGUAUGCAUUGCCCGUUUAAGGACAGCAGGAACUAUCUGCCUUGAGACAUUCAAAGAUUUCCCUCAGAUGGGUCGCUUUACCUUAAGGGAUGAGGGUAAGACCAUUGCAAUUGGAAAAGUUCUGAAACUGGUUCCAGAGAAGGACUAAGCAUUUUUCUCAAUGACCCCGCACAAUACUGUGAGGAAAAUCGACUCUGCAAAGCCUACUUCACACCGCCUUCUUAUUUUCUGCCCAUUGAUAAACUUCCCCCCAUAUUUUGCAAAGACAAAUUUCACAGCAAAGGUCCACAUUAUGUCAGCUUUCUCAUAUUGAGAGCUCUGCUAUGCCACUGUUGAAUUUUCCCAAAAAAGAAUUUUUUUUUCUCCCAAAUUCUGCUUCCUUGGAAAGAUUCGGCAAUAGCUUUGUAAGUGAUGUGGACAUAAUUGCCUAUAAUUAUGAAAAUCUAAAGGAUUUUUAAUGUUUAAUUUCCCCCAGCGUAUAUAUUAAGACCUCUUUUUCCAGGCAGAUCAUUCAGAGUGUGCGAGUGUGUGUGCACAUGUUACAAAGAUGACUACCAUGUUAAUAAACUAUUCAAUUUGAAAUCUU